CGGUGUGGGACGCCUAGUGGACUGAGAGCUCAACACACGAACUUCUGUCAGCCCUGUGUUUUCAGUCGCAGCCCCGAGCCGAAGAUACCGGAGAAACUCACAGCCAGUCGCGCUCAAUUCAGCCUUUAUAACCGCGACCGACCGCGUCGUGACGGACACACGGCAUUCAGAACAACGCGACGGGGGCUCGUUCACGAUUUAUUGAUCACCUGUGCGGGCGUGCGCGCGGUUAAUGGAUUAAAAUGUGAAUCUGUGAGUUUACUUUGCAGCAAAGGCUGAUUUCUGACUGACAUCAUUCACCAGGCGGAUCAGGAUUUUAAAGAUGGAGCUCUGGAUUUUGGCUGUGUGUCGGAUCAGCUUGAUGUUGACACUGAUGUCAUCCACUGGACAGGGGGUGGCGAGUCAGACACAGAGCGCUUAUUUCCUCCCCGAAUUUGCACUUUCUCCACAAGGAAGCUUUCUGGAAGACACAACCGGAGAGCAGUAUCUCACCUACCGCUACGAUGACCAGUCGUCAAGAACGACCCGGUCUGAUGAGGAGAGGGACACUGGUUGGGAUGCCUGGGGCACGUGGAGUGACUGUUCUCGCACAUGUGGGGGCGGAGCCUCAUAUUCAUUACGCAGGUGUCUGAAUGGAGGGAACUGCGAGGGCAGAAACAUCCGUUACAGAACAUGCAGCAACACAGACUGUCCUCUAGAGUCAGGUGACUUCAGGGCUCAACAAUGCUCCGCCCACAAUGACAUCAAGUACCAGGGACAAACCUAUGAAUGGAUACCUGUGACCUACGACCCGGUUUCACCCUGCGCCCUCCGAUGUCAAGCUCGGGGGAAAGGCCAGGUGGUGGAACUGGCGCCCAAAGUGUUGGACGGGACUCGGUGCAAGGCGGACUCUCUGGAUAUGUGUAUCAGUGGGAUCUGUCAGGAGGUUGGCUGUGACAGACAGCUGGGCAGCAACGCUAAAGAGGACAACUGUGGUGUGUGUGCUGGAGACGGCUCCACCUGUAGACUGAUCCGAGGUCAGGCUCUGCCCCACGUCUCACCUGAAGAACCCAUAAAGACGGUGAUUGAAGUGCCAAUGGGAAGCAGAGGCCUCAGGAUAACAGCCAAGGGACCAGACAUGAUCGUGAUUGAAGCCCAUGGACAGAACAGCCGGAGAGAAGAGGUGCAUUUCAGCUCUUCAGGAUCUCACUCUCUGGGCAACAAUACAGUGGAGUUUCAGAGAGGAGCAGAGCGCCAGACCCUCCGCUGCUACGGCCCGCUCACAGCAGACUUCACUGUGAAGGUGAAGUAUGCCGGUCCUAAAGACACAGUGAUACAGUUCAUGUUUUAUCAGCCCAUUCGCUACCAGUGGAGGGAGACUGACUUCUUCCCCUGCUCCGUCACCUGUGGAGGAGGUUAUCAGCUGAAUUCAGCCGACUGCGUGGAUAUCCGCUAUAACAGAUCGGUUGCGGAGCACUUGUGCCACAGUUUCCCAGAAAACACCAAACCCACACCCAAACUCAAAGAGUGCAACAUGGAACCCUGUCCUGAAAGUGAUGGAUUUAAGGAAGUGAUGCCGUAUGACCAUUUCCAGCCUCUUCCUCGAUGGGAGCAGAACCCGUGGACGUCGUGCUCGGUGUCGUGCGGAGGGGGAUCUCAGGAGAGGAGUAUCGUGUGUGUGGAGGAGGACGUUCAUGGUCAGAUUGUGCAGGUGGAGGACUGGAAGUGCACACACUCACCUCGACCAAUCAGCAAACAGAACUGCAACACCUUUGACUGUCCGCAGUGGAUGGCCAUGGAGUGGUCUCAGUGCACGGUCACCUGUGGUCCAGGUUUGCGCUACAGAGUUGUUCUGUGUGUGGAUUAUAAUGGUCAACACGCCGGUGGCUGCAAUCCUCACCUCAAACCUCAUAUCAAAGAGGACUGCCUCGUCCCCAUCGCAUGCCACAAACCACGAGAGAACCAGCCUGUGGAAGCCAAGCUGCCCUGGUUGAAACAAGCUCAAGAGCUGGAAGAAACCAAAGUAGCCUUGGAAGACCCAACGUUUGUCCCGGAGCCGUGGUCAUCCUGCAGUGUGUCUUGUGGUCUGGGCAUCCAGCGGCGUCAGGUGAAGUGUAAAGUGCUGCUGUCCUUCACUCAAGCUGAGGUCGAACUGCCUGAUGAAGAGUGCCAUGAAGAAAAGCCUUCCUCUCAAAGGAGCUGUGAUUCAGGGCCCUGUUUGGCAGCUCCAGACUCCUCGCGGUGGCCCCUGAGGACCCCUGAGGGCCCCAAUCAGCAUGGUUAUGCUUGGGAGUACAUUGGCUUCACUGCUUGCUCUGCAUCAUGUGCUGUCGGCAAACAGAUGGCUGUUGUCAGGUGUGUGAACACCUUGAAGAAGGAGAUUGUUGAUGACUUGCUCUGCAAUGGAUCCAAAGCUCCAGUUUCCCUGCUGCGCAUCUGUAACCCUCAACCGUGCCCUUCAAGAUGGGAGGUGAGUGUGUGGAACCUGUGUUCAGUGUCGUGUGGUGUGGGGCUUCAGACGAGGAGUGUGUCCUGUGUCAGAUCUGUGGCUGGAAACCGUACCGAAUCACUGUCCAGCAAAGACUGCGUGGAGAAAAGACCCAAUGAACUACAGGCCUGCAACCAGGUGGCUUGUCCACCGUCCUGGGAGGCUGAGGAAUGGCAGCAGUGCUCUCAUUCGUGCGGCAGAGGCUCCCAAUGGCGGAAGGUUUACUGUAAACAGAGACUGGCUACUGGAAGCUACCGCAGAUUGAGGGAUGAGGACUGCAGCGGACCCAAACCUGACGUCCACAGGAUUUGCACCAAUGCUGACUGUCUGCUGCCUCGUCUGGAAGGUGGAGAGUGGUCCAAGUGCUCUGUGACGUGUGGUAAAGGUGUUCAGCGGAGGGAGCCCGUGUGUAGGAGACAGACAGCCUCGGGUCAGCUGGUCACCCUGGACAGGACAUCAUGCAGUGAUCUUCCCCUUCCUCCUCUGAUCAGGAGCUGCCGCAUGAGCCCAUGCAACAAGCACAAGCACUCCAAAAAGCGCUGCCCUCAGGUCAUUGGUCUGAAACGCAUCUACAUCCAGAACAGACCAGAAAAACGGCUGAGUUUCACCAUUGGAGGACGAGCCUACCUUCUUCCCAAGACCACCGUGAUUAUCAAAUGUCCCGUUCGACAUUUCCCUAAAGCCCAGAUCCGUUGGGAGAAGGACGGGGAUGAGCUGACCAGCUCCAAACGCCUCAGCAUCACCAAAUCCGGGGCUUUGAGGAUCUACAACCUGGAAGCUGAAGAUAUCGGAGUGUACCGCUGUUGGGCCAACCAAGAUUCAGACACCUUCAUCCUGAAGCUGAUCGGAUACAAUAACAGGCUCCUGGAUCAUCCGAGUUUGGGAAAGGAAAGAAGGGGGAACUUUCAUCCAUACCUCAACAAAGAAGGAGGUUUUGUUAGUUCGAAAUGCAAUGAAGGAUUCACGAAUGGAAACAAGGCUUCGAAAUCAAGUUGGAUGCAAAAAAACGAAUUCUACAGAGACGAUGAUGGACAUCCCAAGGAGAUGCUUUGGGAUACUCUUGCUUUGGGAAACUAUGCUUUGGCUUCAAGCACUAGUAGCCACACAGGAGCCUUCGUUCUUGAACCUGCACAAUUUGAGGAGCUUGUGAAAAACAUCAGUCAGCUUGCAGAGAGUGGCGAUGUGACGGAUGAAAUGGCGUCGCAACUAAUUGGGAAACUACUAGAGGACUUGGCUGCUGCAGGGCAAGGGCAAGUUCCUAUUGAGGAAAGCACUACAGUGGACAAUUAUUUAGAUAGGACGUCAAACACUUCUGAACUUUUUGGUACGGAGGUUUCAAAAAUAGCAGCAAUCGUUCGACAGAAGCAUCACGGAUCUGUUAUGAGCUUCCAGCGGGAUCUCAGGAUCCAUGUGGGAAGGACUGCUUACCUGACCAAUGCAACCCACAGCCUUACACUGUUGUGUCCCAGUAAGGGAUCACCAAAGCCAAAGCUCUCCUGGACCAAAGAUGGAGCUCCACUGCAGGACAUCAACAGGGUAUCAUGGGACAGCAGUGGUGGAGAACUGCACAUCUCCAGCCCUGGUGCCAGUGAUGUGGGCAUCUACAGGUGCACCUCCACCAAUGAACUGGGCUCAGAUUCAGAAACAACACAAGUUCUGUUAGCCGAAAGUCCCACGAUCGCUGCCUCACGCAGAAACACAUCAGAUCUGAAGAGUACGAGCCUGAAGGUGGUGGUUGGAGGUGUUAUCCGGGUCCGUUCUGGUGCCAACCUCACCCUGGAGUGUCCCGUCAAAGGUGUCCCCCAUCCAGCAGUGAGUUGGCACCGAAAGGAGGGUCCGCUGGACGCCCGUGCUAGUCCUCUCCUGAGCGGAUCACUGCUCCUUACAAACCUCACACAGCAGGAUGAAGGCACCUACUCCUGCAUCGCUGCCAACACCAUCGGCAAAUCCGCUGCCUCCAGCCGGAUCAGUGUGGAGGGAGCGGUGGGUGAACCUGACCUUCAGUCCUCAAAGCAGAUGAACAGGAAGAGGGUUUUGAUGGCAUCUCAGGUCGGCACCAGCGCCUAUGUCAGGCCUGGAGACACAUUGCGCAUAGGUUGCCCCGUGGUGCCCGGUCACAGGAGGCCCAUCCGCUGGAGGUUUGAGAACCGGACUCUGGCAGCGGCUGCAGGCGGUCUCUAUCGCCUGCUAGUGGGAGGACGAGUGCUGGAGAUCAACACUCACACGGGGAGCUUCAGCGGAAGAUACCAGUGUCAAACACAAACCAACAACCAACAGCAGCUUACAGCCUGGAUACACCUGCUCUCACAAGAGUUUGAGUGGCGUUUGGGCGACUGGAGCACGUGCAGCUCGUCCUGUGGAAACAGAGGGACUCAGAUGAAGAAGAUUAAAUGUGUGUCGUCAGAGGGCAGAGAGUCUUCUCAUGCAGCCUGUCAUUAUCUCCCCAAACCCAGCAGUCAAACGCGCCCCUGCAACCUCCUGCACUGCCCGCCCAGCUGGGUGUCAACAGUGUGGUCGAGGUGUUCCAGCUCCUGUGGGCGGGGCUUCAGAGAGAGGCGGGUCUCCUGUCAGCAGGUGGAAGCUUCUGGAAGUGUGAAGGUUUUGCCUAGUAGUGAGUGUGAGGGCUCUCCUCGACCCGAAGACCGACAGGAGUGCAGCUCUCAGGCCUGUGUUGAGUGGAUCUCUGGCCCCUGGGGGAAGUGUGCAGGUCGGUGUCUGGGUCCAGCGAUGGCCACACAGACCAGAACAGUAUCAUGCAGACUCUUCAGCAACUCCACAUCCAAAACAUGCGACCCGAAAGAAAGGCCGUCAGCGGUGAGGAACUGCUCCUCGGAGAUGUGUGAUGUACACUGGAAAGUCUUCCCCUGGAGGACGUGCACUGUGGCCUGCGGCAGUGGCUUCCAGUCCCGCAGAGUGGAGUGUGUCCAUCGCCAGAACAAGAAAACUCUACCAGACCAGCACUGCGCCUGGCAACGGCGACCGGUUACCUGGCAACACUGCAACAUCACUUCCUGUGGCAGCGAGUGUAAAGACAGAACGCACUACUGUCCUGCGGUCAAGCGUUUAAAGCUCUGCUCAGUGGAUCUGUAUCGCCAACGCUGCUGUCAGACCUGUUUACAGGACACCGCCGCCACCUAGAGCCCACCAGAGGAAGUGCAACCAGAGCCACAGACAGCACUGAUUAACGUACAAAGAAUUGCUGAAAUGAUGAAAACCCUGGAGUGUAUAGACUAUUCUGGAGGAUUAUUACACUUCACUGGAUUCCACAAUCAGAGGAAAAAGAACAGCCCAAAGAGAAAAUCUCUUCUCAAUUUAUUUUGAGGUAAUUUAAGAGACGUGCGUUUUUGAUUUCUCUGUGGAUAUGAGAGGAACAUGUUAUUGGACCAUUCGCCUUUGUGAAGGAAAUGUGGUGUGUAAAUGCACUGAUACUAACAAUAUCAGUAGUACACAGAUUUUGGAGUAUAAUGAGAGAUGUUUUCCGAUGUUUUUAAUCCUACUUUAAAGUCAACAUGAAACGC